AUGGCCCAGCCCCGAGGGGCCGUGAGCCCGGCGCCCAAGGCCUCUCGCGCGCGGACCGGGCAGAACCCGAGGGGCGCUCCGCAGCCCCGCCCCUCGAGAGUGGACCUCAGCAGCCUGGACAGGUACCGGGGCAACGCCGCCGUCGCCGCCGCCUCCCGGGAGUCCCCUUCCCACAGCUCGCUGAUGCUCUCCGGAGCGGGCUCCGGGCGCAGGCGGGGAGCUCUGCGGGAGCUGCUGGGGUUGCAGGGGGCGGCUCCCGCAGGGUGGCUGUCCGAAGAGCGCACCGAGGAGCCGAUCACCGGCGCGCCCGGAGGGCCAAGCGGGCCGAACGGCAGCGGACUGUGCCUGGAACCGCGGGAGCACGCGUGGAUUCUGGCGGCCGCCGAGGGCCGUUUUGAGGUGCUUCAGGAGCUGCUGGAGGCUGAGCCUGGGCUGCUGUUGCGAGGCGACCCAAUCACGGGGUACACCGUGCUGCACUGGCUGGCCAAGCACGGGCGCCACGAGGAGCUCAUUCUGGUGCAUGAUUUCGCCCAGCGCCGGGGACUGCCACUCGACGUGAGCGUCCCGGGCAGCGGCGGCCUGACGCCCCUCCACCUGGCGGCUCUGCAGGGCCACGACAUGGUCAUCAAAGUGCUGGUGGGCGCCCUGGGCGCUGACCCCACUCGCCGAGACCACAGUGGCCACCGGGCUUGCCACUACCUGCCGUCCAACGCACCCCUGAGGCUGCGUGAGCUGUCGGGAGCGGAGGAUUGGGAGACCGCGCGCAGCAGCGAGCGCAGCAACGCCAACAACAACAGCAGCGGCAGCGGCGGCGCUGUGUGGACGCUGAGACGGACCCCCAGCGCAACGAGCGCGACAACCACCGAGACAAAAACGCGAGCCGCGGCUCCUCGGGCCAAAGAGAAGGACACUGCGGGCAGCCGGGUGGCACAAAUCCAGGGCCUUUUCCGUCAUCUCUUCCCCUUCUUCCAAGAUCGUUGA